AUCAGUCCUCUCGGGGGCACUCGGCUGUGCGUCUGUUGGAACCCCGCCGGCCGACCCCUGUCCGAAACCUCCGGGAUCGGUCGGCCGGCUGGUUGGACUUCUACUCGCAACCGCCGGAAUCGGCCGGUUGGCCGGACUCCCUACGAGGUUGCGGUUCCCCGUUUAUUGCGCGGAGUCGAGCAGCUGCUCCGCGGAGAAUGAGUACGCUGGGAAGUGAGCGUGACGGGCGGGUGGGACGUUGGCGUUGGGUAAAAUAAGCGGUUGCUGGUCUCCGGUGCCUGGCAGUACAGAGGGCUGGGCAGAAGGUGAACAUCAGCUGAAAAGAAUUUAAAGAGAUAAACUGCUUGAAUGUUCCCGCAUCAAGCAUUCAAAAGAUUAAGAUGUUCAUAAUGUGACUGGUUUGUCUACAAAAGGAGGCGGUGGUUGGACAAACAUGUUUGGAAGUCUGUUCAGAAGAAAUGCUUCUCAGAAACUAAGUGCUUUGCUGCUGAUUUUUGGGUUUAUUUGGGGGUUGGUACUACUUCGAUAUACAUAUCAGCACCCAAGGCACCAAAACAGUGUAGAACUGCGUGAACAGAUUCUGGAACUGAGUAAAAGAUAUGUACGAGCUCUAGCAGAGGAAAAUCAGAAUGCAGUAGAUGGUCCUCAUGGUGCUUCAAUGGCAGGAUAUGCUGAUUUGAAAAGGACAAUUGCCAUCCUACUUGAUGACAUAUUGCAGCGCUUGGGAAAGCUGGAAAACAAAGUGGAUUACAUGAUUACGAGCAGCUUGACAAAUAACACCAACAGUACCAACAGCAAUCCUGUGUCAGCAGCUUCCAAUAAACAAAUGAAUGUUCAAGAAUUUUCAGCCUUGUGUGGUUUAACCUCAAUAGAUGGUUUUCCACAUUGUGAAGCAAAAAUAAAGUGGAUGAACGAGAUGUGGAAGUCUGAACCUUGCUAUGCCAGCUAUGGUGUCAAUGGAACUGUGUGCUCAUUUAUUGUAUAUCUCAGUGAGGUUGAAAAUUUCUGCCCCAUGCUUCCAGUAAGAAUAAAUGAGAUAGCUGAUAAUGAUGCCUUAAAACCCAAGGCCGAGGUUGUCUCCAGCCUGGGCGGUUUGCUAGAAAUACUGGCUGCACGUGAAGAACUCACAUGGGUAAAACUAAGAAUAGAAAGGAUGAAGGAGAACUGGAUAGCAGAUAUGAAAGCACUGGCAAAGAAACAGAAUUUAGAAAAUCGACCAAAAAAAAAGAUUUUACUUCAUUUAGGCCUUUUGACAAAGGAAUCAGGAUUUAAGAUAGUCGAGAAUGUCUUUAAAGGAGGCCCACUUGGGGAAUUGGUGCAGUGGAGUGAUCUAAUAGCCUCUCUGUACUUACUAGGCCACAACUUGAUACUUUCUACAUCCAUAAAUGAGCUGAAAGGUCACUUGAGCAUCCUGACUGGAAAUAAAGAUGGAUGUCCAAUCAGGGGACCAAGGCUACUGGAUCUCAUAUACAUUGACAUCGUUGGAUUAAAACAACUCCAAACUGUACUUGGAGCAUCUUUCACCCACUAUCGAUGCUUAUUGAGGGUCCUUGAUUCUUUUGGAACUGAGCCAGAAUUUAACCACGCUGAAUAUGCCAAGAAAAAGAACCAUGGAUCCCCUUGGGGCAAACUCAAUCUGAUUCCUAAGCAGUUUUACAACAUGUUCCCCCAUACGCCUGAUAACAGUUUUCUGGGCUUUGUGGUGGAGCAGCAUUUGAAUCGUAGUAACACCACUCUCCUUAAUAAAAUCCAAAGAACUAAUAAAGCUCUGGUUUAUGGCAAACUGGCAGACUAUUGGAAGGAUAAAACAUCUUUCCUGGAUAUUGUCAGAAAUUACGCUGAGAUCCAUGGUACAUUUCACAAUGAACAUAAUGUCCUUUUACCCAAUUUUGUAAUUAAUCAUGGAAUCCUCAGUGGGUAUGACCUUCAUCUCUUGUUAAGAGGGACUAAGGUUUUUGUGGGACUAGGAUUCCCUUAUGAAGGCCCUGCACCUCUAGAAGCAAUAGCAAAUGGCUGCAUAUUUCUGAAUCCAAAUUUUAACCCUCCAAAGAGCAGGAAAAACACUAAUUUCUUUCAAGGGAAACCAACUUUCAGAGAGCUUUCAUCUCAGCAUCCUUAUGCAGAGGUUUAUAUUGGGAAGCCCCAUGUUUGGACUGUUGACAUUGACAAUCCUAGUGAUGUAAAAGAAGCAAUGAAUCAAAUAAUGGAACUGAAAGUUGACCCAUAUUUACCAUAUGAAUUCACAAGUGAAGGAAUGCUGGAAAGAUUAAAUGUUUUCAUUGAAAAACAAGAUUUCUGCCGUCAAAGAGAAAUAUGGCCACCAUUGACUGCACUUACAGUUAAAAUGGCCAAACCCUUCCAGUCAUGUGUUGAAGUCUGCCAAAGAGAACAACUAAUAUGUGAACCUUCUUUCUUCUACCAUCUCAACAAAGAGGUUGAGCUUCAGAGAUAUGGAAUAUUCUGCAAUUCCUCAAAAACGGAAAGUGAUCUGUAUCUGCCAGCAUUUAACCCUCAAAACCAAAUGUGCCUAUUUCAGUCAGAUUACUUGCUCUUCAGCUGUGCAGGAUCACAUGAACAUUAUAAUCGAAUCUGUCCAUGUCGAGAUUAUAUCAAAGGACAGGUUGCUAUCUGCCAGGAUUGUUUAAAAAGAGAAGCACACAACUAACCUGUCUUGUUUACGGAAACAAAAGAAUCUACUGCCUUCAGUUGUAGAACAAGGAUGAAUUCUAAAGUGUUGCUGCAGCAGCAACAAAAAGAUACCAAUGAUAACAACAGGUAGACCAAAAACAGCAUUCCUGAAGCCCUAUUUUCGACAAGGUGGUAUCAUAUGUAACUUAGAAACUGCCAAACGAAGCUUGUCUACCACCACCAUUAGGCACUUAAAAAAUAUUAUCUGAUACUCUGCUUCCAUUAAAUGUUGGAAACUACAGUUUUAUUCAGAUCUUUGCAAGUUCUCACGCAACUUAAGGUAGCUUCUUUACUGGCUGAUAGCAAAUGCAAAGUCUCUCUGAAAGCAUAUAGUCUGAGCAACAAGACACUGGGUGUGAAUAAUAACAUUACAACGUCUAAAGAUCUCAAACAAUUUCAAAAUUGGAAGUUGAAAUCUCGUCUUGGAGGAGCCAGUUGGAUCUCUGAACCUGAAGGAAACUCUGAGUUUCUUUAUUGGAGUAUAACUGCUUCAUGGGUGCAAUAAGGUAUUUCCUUAUUAAGGUUCCAAAAGUCGAUCUUUGUCAACAAUGUUUUUAUAUGCUAGUUUAUUUAAAACUAGAUUUUUUUUCCCAUUUAGCAAUAUAGGGGUCAUAAUUCCAAUUAUUCAUUAAAGAUAAAAAGAAGAAUAAUAAGUUACUGAACCCAUAUGAUGAAGCUGUUGGCAGGUUGGUUAGGAGAGAAAUUAGUCAAUAAUUCAAUUGAACGUAAAGGACAAAAUUGAACUCUUGGUAUAUUCAGAUAUUUUGGUUUUAUAGUAUGAUACAUAAAUAUGGCCAAAUGCAUAAUGGUGCAUGCAAAAACUCUGCAGCUCCCUGAUAGAAUACUAUCUACACUCUUCACAUUGAAAAUAAAACCCUGCAGGCAAAAUUGAAGAGUCAUUGAGAUGUUACGACCCGAAAGGAGGCCAUUUGGCCCAUCAAAUCCAUGCAAGCUUUCUGUAGAGCAGUUCAGUGAGUCAAUUAUGGAAAGCUAGCAC